UCAGUUUUCAGAUAGCUGCUUGCAUUGAUGGCAUAAAUUGGCAUAUGACGUCAUUUUCAGUUGUAGGUUUUGUUGACAGUGAGUCAGAAAAUGAACCUUAGUUUUCGUGAGACAAAAUUGACGUGUGUCCUGAACAGCUCUUUUAGUCAGUUCCACUUCUCUGAGAAUAAAAGCAAAAAAAUAUGUUGAGAAUUAUGUUUUUUAUGUUAAAAAUAUCAAAGCCGAAUUCAAGUAUUCUCUAUCUACUAAAUAAGUAAUGACGAUUCUUUGAAAGAAGCAAAUAAUAGACAAAAGAUUUAAUGGACAAACUGCAAACACAUCUAUUGUUCAAGAUGUGGCCUUAGGCCUCUCUGGGUUUUCCCGUCUCUGGCCAAUAGCCAGUUUGAUGAGAACUCUUUCAAAAUAUAUUGCUGUGGGGCCUGUUGGACUGAUGAUCAUGGAUAAGUAUUUUUUAAGAUAACCCUUUGAUGCAUUUGUAAUUAAGGUUAAGGUAGAUUGCUGUCAAAUUAUUCUCGUUCCAUGUUUUUGGGACAAAGAUGCAUUCGACAUUUGUUUUGACACCGAAACAAAUCGUCAGUUUUUGAUAGAAAACGAGUUUUAGGAUUGUUGUAUCGAAGAACGCUUGAAUUCUCAAUCACGAUUCAGUAAAGCUAACCGAGUUUUUCUUUGCAUGCCGAACUUCAACAAAUAACUGGUGUCCGCAUUACGUAAUUUGCCCGCCCUUUCAAAGGUCAACAUUCACAAUUGUCUGAUGAUCGAGUUGCUGGACAACCGUUGUCCCGUAACAGAAAGUUGUUGUUGUGGUAGAGCCCAAAUCGCGAUUCUUUUCCUUUCCUGACAAUUCCUGAAUUUUUUGUAGCAAAACAUCUUAUCUUCAACAAAACAUCGCAAAACAUCGCAAAAUAUAAGCAAAACAUCGCAAAAUUUCUAACGGGCGGUGCUCGUAUGGUGCCUUUCCUGCUAGAAUGAAUUUACCACGUCUCCAUUGUGCGAGAGAGGAAAUUCUUGCGAAGAGCAUUGUCAGACACAAAGCAACCUUUGUAUAAUUGAUAAAUAAUAAUAAAUAAUAAAAAGCCAAUUCUUAUUGGAGAUGAAAAGUUUAUACUGAACUUUCCAUGUACAAGAUGAUGAACGAGGCGCAGGUCAAGGGUCGCAAAAUAACACCGUGAUCAAAGAUGAUAUUUCCAAUUCAAUAAAAUAGAUGUCUUUCCAAAUAUGGACAAUGGAAUUGCUGACUAUUUGUUAUUUUGAUUUGCUUUGCUUCCUACGUCAUAUAUUGACUCUGGUUGUGUUUAGCAACAAGAACAGCUCUUCUGCUGUGAAUCAACCAUGACUUGUUUUUAUCCAUAACACUGACGACGAAGGCAAUUUUCUAGCAGAAAAGGUAACUUAAUAUAGCUAGGCAUAGCAUGAUACGGAAGAAAAAGUUGUUUUUGGGAAGGGUUGGACUCUGAGCAAGAUCUUUGCAGUCACCACGCCUGUUCUUCUAGCCUGCGCGCAGACUCUACCGUUUUCAAUGUGGUUCCACUGUAUCUUUUUCCUACCAUUCUACUGGGUUGAAUUUAAAAUUCAUUGUAUCCCAGUAGAGCCAGGCUAGCUGGCAAGCAGUAAACAGCUCUCCUCGUAAUUUCCAUGUGAGCUAUUUGUAGAUAAAUAGGAAUAGGAAUAAAGGAGAGUUUUAUUUCUUUCACGAAAAAAAGAGUUUUGAUCUAAAGGCACAAAUUUAUAAGGAUUACCUCAAAGUUAUGUUCUUUAUUCCGAAAAUGGAUCUGAAAUUGUUGUAUACAGCGUACUCUCGUCACUAAUUUUUGAAAAUUUUUCAGCGCCCCCACUACAAACUGCCCCUCCUUCAAAUUUGCUCUGGAUCUGCCCCUGAGCUCUUCUGGACUUUCAUGCCAAAAGUGUUUCAUGGCGCUAGCGACCUUUUUCAUAAAUUUAAACAUUCAGGCAGAAAAUCAGACACAUGGUAGAAUUUUCCUCUGUACAAAAGACAAUUUUUUCCGUGACAAUGUUCGUUGCUGCAAGGUAUCAGCCAGUGUUAAAAUUCGUUAUAAAUCAACACAUUAUGAUGUCUGUUGUCCUUGCUUCAACCACCCGCUGCAAUGACGUCAAACUAGCAAGAUACUUAUUUACCCAUCUCUUGUGCUAUGUUUGUCAUUUUUGCGGAACAAAUGCCCGACACGAACUGGAUUCUGCUUCGUUCAAAUGUCUCUUGCUGAUGCAAGUGAAGCAGAACUUUGAAUAUGAAAAAGAACUCAAGUACUAUGAAAUUAGCGGAAGGUCGCGCGAUUGAUGACGUCAUUACGGCAGCUCAGAGGGAACCCUUGGUGGAGAGCAGAUAUGAUGCUGUUGGCCAAUACUCUUUGCUAAUUGACAAACAGCCCAUCGUUUGUGCGGAUGGUCACAUGAUGAAAUGUUCCAUGAUAGAAAACUCCUAUGUGCCACAACAAAUGAUUGGGUUAAACGAUUUUCUUAGCUCUGUAAAAAGAACAAUUGACGCGUACAAAACACCCGACGCUUCACCGAAAAUUACAAGAAGAUGCUACGAGGACAACGCUAGUCGUGGAAGGGCCACAAGCUUUGGUGAUUCUUCAAACUCGCAAAGCUCAAUCAGUUCUCCACCGCAGGUCAGAAGAAUGAAUAGCGGAACAAGAUCCCGCUCCUCGUCCCUCAAAUCACCGCACUCGGUCCUUCUAAAGGCCGCUACUAAACCGAGAGAUCUGGACAAAAAUAGCGUAGAAUCUACGUCUUCGAUUUCUGACGAGGAGCGCUAUCUCAAAGAGAAAUAUACAGCACAGAUAAGAGGUUUCUGCGAGGCAGAUAGUGACUAUGUAUACAUGGAGACGCUGCGAAGUGUCACAGAGACAUGUGCUUUACUUGAAGCUAUAAUUGAGAAUAAAUUUCCAACUGUCAUAGACAUUGAAGUGAACCAAGAUAGCAGUUUAACACUGUGCUAUCAAGCGAUAAAUGACUUCAAACAAGACUUUAUGAUGCUUAAGUUAGAUUCAGAUUAUUGUUUGUUUCUUGCACCGUUUUGAGUCCACUUAAUUUAGUUAUAAAAGUACAACAUCCCAUUUUGAAUGGGCCUCGCACUGGCGGUGUUAGAAUCUGUUCAUGUCUAGCCACGUUUUAUGGGGCAGGUAAAUUAUUUGAAAUUUUCGAUAUAGCAGAUGAAUGGUAACUUAUUUGACAGAUUUCUUAUAUAUUUUUAGGAUUUGGAUUUUAUUAUGUCAAUUACUGAGUUGUGUAAGUGAUCAAAAUAAAGAGUUGAGAAAAAAUAAUCAAGAAAAAAUUUGUGCUUCAUACGAAGUAGAUAUUUCUUUUUCAUGAUUAAAUUUCAAAAUUGUGAUA